AUGACCCCAGAAGAGAGAGCUGUUUCCAAUUUGAAUGCCACAUUUGUUCGCCCUGCCAAAUUCUAUCUCAGUGGGUUUUCCAACGUCCCUCACGUUAAGUAUUACUAUGUCUUCCUGUGUUUUGCCUAUAUCAUCACUGUUCUUGGGAAUAGCUUCCUUCUCUCAACUAUUUACCAAGUUAAGACUCUUCAUACUCCUAAAUAUAUGAUUGUCUUUAACCUGGCUUUCACAGAUUUGUGUGGGAGCACUGCUCUCAUCCCAAAAGUCCUCGACACACUUGUGUUUGACAGGAGAUACAUUGUCUAUGAGGCUUGCUUGAGUCAUAUGUUCUUUGUUCUUGUCUUUGUAAGUAUUCAGUCAUGGACACUUGUCACAAUGGCAUUUGACAGAUUUAUAGCAAUUUGCUUCCCUUUAAGAUACCAUAGUAUUGUGACUAAAACAGUUAUUACUGCAAUGCUGCUGUUUGUGUGGGCUUUUUUUAUUACUCUCCUAGCGUUGGAUAUUUGGUCUAUUGUUCGCCUCUCCUUCUGUCGAUCUUUGGUGGUAAAGAGCAUUUACUGUGAUUAUGCACCAGUUUUUCUUCUGGCCUGUAAUGACACGUCUUUAAAUAGGAUGUUGGCUUAUGUUGCUUUUGUUGUAGUCCUCUGUAUUCCUUUAGUACUGAUAACAUUGACAUAUGUUUGCAUUUCCGUAGCACUGAGCAGGAUUGCAACAGGAGAGGAACGACUCAAAGCAUUUAAAACUUGUACUUCUCACCUGAUUCUUGUGGCUAUUUUCUUCCUACCAAUCGCGGGCACCAACAUAGCGUCAGUAACCACCUACAUCCAUCCUAAUACCAGGAUCAUAAACUCAUCUUUGACACACAUCGUACCAGCUUUGCUCAAUCCUAUUAUAUACUCUUUAAAAACAGAAGAAGUGCUGAUCUCUAUCAAGAAGCUUUGCAAAAGAAAUAGGAUAACAAACACAACCAAAAAAGGGUGA